CGAUAACACAUCGUAUUCUUAACAUGUUUCGGAACGCCCUCUUACCUAUUUGUUUUCUUUUCACACCGGCUGGGCGGCUGUCAUUGCAACGUUGUUCAGAUUUUAAUUUCGGUUCGCGGGUAAUAAUAAACAGCCCGCGUAUCGCGCUACGAAACACAAUGUGGCGAAGUCCCGGUCUUAACGAAGAUUUACUAAAAAGAUUUGGGUGCCUCGAAGACAUAUACAAUGCUAUGCGAAGCCAUGACUUAGCCGAUGUUGUUUAUACGGCUUUAGACGUAAUAAAGAAGACUGGCAGCGUGCCACUAUUGUUAACUGAAAAAAAGUCUGAUGCUAAGUCAACAGAGUUUCGUAAGCUAGGUAACCAAGCUUACAUGAAAAAGAAAUACCAUGAUGCGCUUGUACUGUAUAAUAAGGCUCUAAAAUAUGCUCCAAACAAGUCCCUUGCGAUGAAGUUAGCUUUCAGUAACAGAUCUGCCCUUUUUAUAACAGUGAAGGCUUAUUCGGCAUGUAUAGACGAUCUUGAUACUUGUUUCGAGAUGGGUUGUCCCCCGGAGAUCAAGGACAAGCUGAACAAUAGGUAUGGGGAAGCUUUAGAAAGCAUGGGGAUGGAUGGGUGGAUGACUACACAAAAAUUUGCUAUUGGUUAUUUCAAAAUGUUGAACGAGCCACAAAAUCCACAGAUAUCUAGUGCUACAAUGGAUGUCGGGGUCAUAAUUGAAGACAGCUGCCCCAAAAUAGUUGCCGCUCGUGAUGUCAAGGUGGGGACAGUACUCGCAGUUGAACGAGCCUAUGUAGUUGACAUGAACACGGAUAAUUUAAACAUAGCUUGUUACAAUUGCCAGAAAUAUGAAUAUAACUUGAUCCCGUGUGAGGGAUGCUGCCAUGUCAUGUUUUGUGAUGACAUUUGUAUGAAAGAAUGUAUGAAUCAGUAUCAUUCUGUUGAAUGUAAGAUUAUAGACCUUUUCGAAACAACAGGAUGUAUGGUUGAAUGUACAGAGAGAAUGAGGCUUGCUAUUAAAGCUGCAAUUAGAAUGAAACUUCACAGUCGUUGGGAAAAGUUAAUCCCAGAGUCAAAAGUGCUUGGAAUGGACCGAAUAAAGAAUAGUUCUAUAAAUCAAAUUUAUGACUGCCAGUGCCAGGAAAAUUUAUCACUGCUAUCUUUUAAGGAGAACAGGAACUUUAUAUAUGGAACUAUGUAUAAUGCUAGUUUUAUUCUAGCUGCUGUGCUGUGCUACAUGGCUAAGACAAAUUUCUUGCCAUAUGAUUAUAAAGAAAGACAGGAAGCUAUCAAGUGUUUGGGUAGGAUUAUGAUGUAUCUGACUUUAUAUGGGAGUCCUACAAUAAUCAGUGAUGCAGCUUCAAUCAACAACUCGUCACGGAUUGAGUUCCACGAUUGGGAGAACUUUGGGCUGUUCCCGCUGGUGGGCAAGCUGAGGAACUCGUGCCGGGCGAACACGCUGACGGUGGGGCUGAAUGAUAGGGUGGCUCUUGUGGCACUGGAGCCUAUCUCUCGAGGAACAGAGAUCACCAUUACUUACCUAGGUCAUUGGCUGGAUAAGGGAGCCGACUGCAACUCAGUAAGAAACCGGAACAUGUACGUCCUCUACACGUCCGUAUGCAACUGUACCAUCUGCUCCGGCGACUGGCAACACCAAUGUGACACCCUCACGCCCACACAGCUGACCUGCUUCAGAAAACUUAAUCUCCACUCUGUUGACUUCAAAAAGAUAUCAGGCCCUUAUAAGCUUUUAUGUAGGGCUUUGGCCGAGUUACGUAAUGUGCCUUUUUCGCCAGAGUAUACUGAAGUGUAUAAGGUUUUUCGUGAGUGUGUUUUACAUUUGCAGCAGGUAAACACAGAAAAUGUGGUUAUAGAGAAAGUGCGGGCGAAAGAAACGUGUGCCCAUGUGUUGUAAUAGCAUGAAAACGACCGAUCUGCUGUGCUAUACAAAUGUCGAUUAUAAAAUAGCUGGGUCCACGCUGAGCGAGCAGUUUCGCGCGCAAAACAUCCGUGCUCAUGCGCGAACGUUUACCGCGUCCGAUCAAAUUUGCUCGGCAACAUGGCGGCCCCCGGUCAGCUGUUCAAAAUAGUUUGGCACAUAUUUAUUCCCGUGGCACGUAAUUCGUGGCUUUCGCACCUUUUGGAUAAGGAUUAAAAAUAAAAGUAAAUAAUUCACGAUUCACGGCAAUAAAUGUGCUCUCGUGCAGAACAAUUUUGAACAGCUGACUGCUGCUAUUUUGCUAAGCAAAUUGUUUCGGGCGAGGCAAAAGUGCGCGCAUAAGCACGGAUGUUUUGCGCGCGAGGCUGCUCGGUCAGUGUGAACCCGGCUAUUGAUUCAAUUUGGAGUUGUUAAUUUUUGAAGUUCUGUUUAUAAGGAAAUAAAACACAUUCUUUGUAUCAAAAUCAACAGUCGUUUAUUACUUUCUUAUAUUAUAAUGAACACUUUCAAAAUACUAACCCUAUGAAUCAAUAGUUUAUAAUUAUCAGAUCAUGAGAUUGGCAAUUUUCCGUUAUAAAUCUGGCUCCAGGUUUUACCUGAAUAGUUCUAUUCUAUUCGUGUUACAGGGUAAUAAACUUAAAUAACAAGAAUUCAGGUGUUUGUAGUAUUUAAAUUAAAAUCUGCUGGUGUUAGCCAAUCAAUCCAAUCUGAUUAUCAAUA